AUGCAUACACACUUAAAAAUAAUUAUUUAAUACCUUGGGAUAGGUAUUGGACUAAUUUUAUUUUAUCUCAUAAUUUUGAAAAACUAUUUAUUUAAUAUGACAAUAAGUCAAAUUAAUUUGAUUUGCUUUAAUAAUAAAUUUUUAAACAUUUUGCUAUAAUAAAUUAACCAGAAAUCUACUCAAAAUAAUCUAUGGCAGCUAUUUAAUUACAAAUAUUAUAUAUUGACUUUAAAUAUUUAAUUGCUUAUAAAUUAAGUCUAUAGGAUCAACUAGAAAAAUUAACUCACAAGACUGUAUGGUGAUGCCAAAUUUCUUAUUUUCAUAGGGGUUAUUAUAAUAAACACAAAUAAACUAUAUAAAGAAACAAAAAAAGAAAUUCUUUUCAGCCAUGAAAAAGUUUGUUACUACUCGACAACAAGUUGGGUAAUUGCUUAUACUACACCUAAUAAUAUUUCCAUUAGAAUAUUUGAUAUAUAUAACAAUUAGGAAAUCCAAAAUCAUCUGAAAUAUGAAGAAAAAAAAGUUUAUGAUCCUUUAUUUUCACCAAGUGAAAAUGAAAUAGCUGUCAGUGCCUAUAUUGGAGUUUAAACAGAGUCAUAUUUUUAAUUAAUUUAAUUUUCAAAUAAUUUUUUUAAUAUCAUAAGCACAUAUGAUUUAAAGAUAACAAUNAAAAUAGUUUACAACAGUCAAAGCCCUGAAUUUCUAAAUUUUCACUUUACAUAUCAACAGUAGCAUGGAAGAAUGCAUUUAUCAAAUUCUUAGUAGUCGAAUUUAAAUUUUUUUAUUAAAUCCCACAAAAGCAACAGUUGUGUUGCUUGA